UCUUCAGAUGUUCCACGGUUCAUUUCAUUGGCUACGAAGCAUCUAUAGAUAAACUUAAAAUUUAUCUGUAAAAUCCAAUUAUGAAUACCGGCCACUAUAUUUACGUACGAGUCUGUAAAGGCUCGUGACAGAUUGUGACGUGUGUUAACGCACAAGGGACCGAUGGAAUAAAAUCGUCUAAGACAUCCUCAGAUUGUGUCCAUUUCUAUAGUGAUAUCGGAAAUUUCAAAUUAUAUUUAUUAUUUAAAUUGCAUUAUUUAUUAAUUAUUUAUAUUAAAUUUCAUAUUAUUUCUGAAUACUCGUGCAUCAUGACUAUUGCAUGAUUAUUCUGCGAAUAGAUCAAGCUCCAAAGCAGCAUGAUGUACGAAUAUUCAGGAUGGGCAGAAUGCUCUUCAAACAUCGAUGUUCGCUCAUUGAGGAUGAUAUUGCAUCUAGAGAAAAUAUUAGGGACUCUAGAAAUUCUCUAUCCGACCAAUCGGCACAUUCGUAAUCUAGUAAGCUAGAUAAAAUAAUAAAUAAAGCAGAAACCGUCGAUUACCAGCGCGAGUUUUGAUUGGCUGCUGCUUUUCUGCCAUGAUGUGAAUUCUGCCUUAAUCUUCGGCUCUAAGCACUGACAUUGUAACAUAAAUUUCAGCAAAAAACGUUCCCAACAUUAGCAAAUAUCGCAAUUUCAAAAGUUGUUAUUAUGAAAACGCCUUUUAUCAGGAACUAUAUUAGAUCUGAUCGCUCAGGUCGAAAGAGUAAAAGCUUACCACACCUGUAUUCAUCUAAUCAACGAUUUAAAAUCGCUGUCAGUCUCAAAUAUCACCCGCUCUGUCUAGCUAAUGCAGAAAUCACUAACUUCCCGAUUAUUACGGUUAAACAAAUGACAGGACUGGAAGUUUUCAUUAUUAUUCAUCGAUUAUCCUCAUGAAAAUUAGCCGAAGUUCCUCAAGCUCGUGAAAGAAAUUGAAUUUGAAAUGCCGCAUUCGAGCGAUCCUUUCGCAGGGAUGAAACGUCGACCGAUGCUCAAUCGAGCAUCGGCCCAUUCGGGCGGCCAAUCAACGCCUAAUCAGCAGGGAGAUGAUAGCGCGGCCACCAUAACUGUUUACACCGCCUGCUCGCUUUGGCGAGCGCCUCCGUCAUCCGUCGUUAUCAUCCGCACCACCACCACCGCCGCCGUCGCUCUCUCCUUCACCUCCGUCGCGCUGUACGCAUCGAAAAUGAACGGCCGACGCUGGUGACGCACGCGGAUUGAGUCGUGCUCGCGGAGAAGGGAAGCUAGGACACACGCAGGAUGCUGUGGACCACAGCGAUCGGAGUCCUGUCGAGCGUGCUGGCCGUCACGGCCACUCUGCACUCCACCGCCAUGGACGGCGGCGGUGGCGAUCCGCUCGCUCAUCACGGCCGCUGCGAGCCCAUCACCAUUAACCUCUGCAUGAACAUCCCGUACAACGAGACCAUAAUGCCGAAUCUCAUGAAUCACCAGAAGCAGGAGGACGCCGGCGCUGAGGUGCAUCAGUACGCGCCGCUGGUCAAGAUGAAGUGCAGCCCGGAUCUGCGUUUCUUCCUGUGCACCGUCUAUGCGCCGGUCUGCACCAUCAUCGAGAAGGCGAUACCGCCGUGCCGGUCGUUGUGCGAGAGCGCGCGUUCCGGCUGCGAGGGCCUGAUGAACACGUUCGGCUUCGCCUGGCCGGAGGCCCUCGACUGCUCCAAGAUGCCGGAAAACGGCGGUCCCGAUCUCUGCGUCGGGACCAAUGACACGUCGACUCAGACGGAGUCUGCCGGUCCGGCCUAUCCGCCGCCUCGUAUGCCGGUGGCGGAGUUCCAGCCGUCCUGGAACGAAGGAUCCAAGUCAUAUGGCGCUGCCGCCGGUGGCUUUGCCUUAGGCGCCAGGGACUUUGGCUUCGUCUGUCCGGUUCAGUUCAAGGUUCCCCACGGGCUGGGUUAUUCGCUGAAGGUCGGCAACAAGGUGGAACCUGAUUGCGGAGCGCCCUGCGACGGUAUGUUCUUCACCGACAGGGAAAAAAGGUUCUCCAGAAUAUGGGUGGGCACCUGGGCCUCCAUCUGCGCAGCCUCGUGCUUCUUCACUUUUCUGACGUUUCUCAUAGACACGGAUAGAUUCAGGUAUCCUGAGAGGCCCAUCAUCUUCUUGUCGGUGUGUUACCUGAUGGUAUCGUUGGCUUACGUGGUCGGAUGGGCGGCUGGCAACUCCAUAUCGUGCAGAGAGCCCUUCCCACCGCCUAUGGGGAUACGCAUACAGAUGGCGUCGACGAUAACUCAGGGUACCAAGUACGAGCUGUGCACCGUGCUCUUCAUGGUCCUCUAUUUCUUCGGCAUGGCCUCGAGUAUCUGGUGGGUCAUCCUCACCCUCACGUGGUUCCUGGCAGCCGGCCUGAAAUGGGGGCACGAGGCGAUCGAAACGAACUCGCAGUACUUCCACUUGGCCGCCUGGGCUGCACCAGCCGUAAAGACCGUCACUAUCUUAGCUAUGGGAAAAGUGGAAGGUGACACACUGUCGGGCGUGUGUUACGUCGGUCUCUGGAACGUGGAAGCGCUGCGAGGCUUCGUAUUGGCGCCGUUGUGCGUCUACCUUUUCCUGGGCACCCUGUUCCUGAUGGCCGGCUUCGUGUCGCUUUUUCGCAUACGCACGGUCAUGAAGCACGACGGCACGAAGACGGACAAGCUGGAGAAACUGAUGAUACGCAUCGGCAUCUUCUCCGUGCUCUACAUCGUGCCCGCCAUGAUCGUAAUCGCCUGCCUCUUCUACGAGCAGACGUAUUUCGAUCAGUGGAUGCUUACGUGGAAUAUGGAGAUAUGCUCGCGACCGGGACUGCAAUCCCUCUACUCCCUGCCGUGUCCGGUGGGAGAACGUACGCGCGAUCUCGGCUACAGGCCCGAAUUCGAGGUAUUCAUGAUCAAGUACCUAAUGGCGAUGAUUGUCGGUAUCACCAGCAGCUUCUGGGUGUGGUCCAAGAAGACGCUUACCAGUUGGAAGCAGUUCUUCCAUCACAUACAAGGACGCCGAAACGAGGCCUAUGUUUAGUAAUCCCCCCUUCGAUAAGCUUACUAUGGCUGAUGUAUGUAGGAACUGCCAAUCUUGAAUCUCUUCGGGGGAGGAUUUCAGCGUUUCUCUACGUUUUAAGGCCUCUGCUGUGGCGUGUGGUGCCGCAAAGAGAUAACGAAAAUGAUAAUCGUUCGACUUUGCGCAGAAUAACAGUACUGGCGCGUUGUGUCCCUCCGUAAUCCUCCUGCGUAGAUCUUUGCGAUUAUAAGUAUUUGCGAGACAAAGAGGGAGGAGAAUUCUCUUGACGCUAAAAGUACGCUCGGGAUGACAUCUCGCGAGCCUACUUACGAUAUUAUUAUUAUUGAGAUGUGUAUAUUUAACGAGAUGACUGCGUUAUUAGCAGCAGAAGUUCCCCCUCCCCCGCGCGCCUUCCAGGGACACGUUCUUCCAUCCGAAGAACAUCUAGUCUUUAUUCUUUUUUUAUCACGACUUAUGAGCGAAAAUUCGAAUCGACACCGCGCUUUACGCUGAUGGAAAAGUCGACGGAUUUCAAUUGUCUUUACAUUUGCGGUCUCUGAAAUUCCGGGGAACUCCUGCUUUAUCGAUGGCAAUCGUCGUCGAAUGCUGCAAUAUUUCAUUAUUACGUUACGUUCGUCGUUUUUCUUGUACGUACGUAAUCAAAAGCACGUAUCGAUAAUGCUGUGCCAAAAUGAAUUUCUCCGAUUUUCGGAGCCGAACGCAUGUGAUAUAUGCGAAUCUGUGUAAAAAUAUCUCUGGGGGAGACUGUGAGUACUCGAAAUGUGUGUCGAUCAGUUCGAAAGUAUUAUUAGACGAUGUUUGUUCGUUGUUAAGUAACGUUCGUUUAUCUCGUCCGUCGUUACGAGCUCUCGACUCUAUUUUACGUUUAAGUUGAAUAUGCUCAAACGACCGUCGUCAACACAUACACACGAGCCGCGAGUGUCCAAAGUUCGUGAAAUAACCGAUAUCCAAGGACGUUUAACGCAUUCUGCGCCGGAUCAAUUUCAUGCGACUCGAUAUCUACGCCGCACGAUACGUCGGUGGCGAAUCCACGAGACGACGACGAGAUUUUUGAUGAAAUUUUACUUGCGUCUUACCGUGUAAGUCACCGUAUAAAACGGGUAACAUUGAAUGUUUAUAGAUGCAUCUGACAAAUACAUCUAUAACAUUGAUUAUUCAAACGUUUCCCUGACGGAAUAGAAUUUUAUCAGACGUCAUCGCAAAUCAAGUCGCGAGUGAGUUCGACUUUUGUAAGCUCAAAUCUAAGAACGCUUAAUAAGUUGAUCGUAACGAUCGAUCCCUGCUCUACGUUAUUUUCCACCGUCGAAUUCUCCCGUUCUCUAAUUUUCAUCGAUUACGCAGAACUGAAUUCUAUUACGCUUAAUGUUUUUUUUUUUUUGAGGCGCAUUUAGAAGACGCGUAAAAAACAAUAAUACUCAGGCGAAGAGACUCUCUGACGGUUCUCCGUUCAGCUUCUUUUUACAUCUACUCAUUAAGAGCCCCUUUUGCUAAGGACUGUCAAUUCUUUUUCACCGCGGUGACAACGGGUCUACUGCUGUAAUAAUAAUACGACAGUAUUUCCGCCUCCCGACGGAAUCUCAGCGAGAUUGUAAAACUUGAACCCGUAAGAAGUGUAAUACCUUUUAGAUUAACAAACUGUAUAUAAUUAUAUAUGUUUUUUUUUUUUUAAUUCUUUACUCUCUCUAUGUAUUAUAAUAUAUUUUUAAAGAAUUUUGUACAUAUAUAUGCGACGCGUGCGCGUCGCCAUGAAGGUGUACGACAGCGUCACACAUUUCCUACGCGCGAUUUAAAACGAUUAUGCGAACAAACCGUGAAUUCGUCCAUCGAAACUGCCGAGCUUUUGUGUACGUCGUGCAAAAAAAAAUUCGCUCUGCGAAUAAUACGUGUAUAAUUAGACAUAAAAGCAUAUAUAGUGUGUGUGUAUAUAUAUAUAUAUAUAUAUAUAUAUCGAAUGUGUAUAUAUAUAUAUAUAUAUAUACAUCACGGUACACGCACGUAACAUACGAAUACUUCACAAGAACAUCAACGAGAAAUAUUGCAAUUGCAUCUUUUUAGCGUUUCCAAUAUUGACUUUUGUUUCAGUCGUUCGGCUUUCAUUCGAUGAAUGAAACUCCAAAAAUAUGAUCUUACAAAUAUGUAACUUUAACAUGCAAUCUGCAAUAUUUCGUAUGUAUCGUGCGUGCACGUGUAAUUUAUAAUAGAAAGCUCCUGCAAAAGAAACGAAAGUGCAAGACGGUUCUUUUGGGAAAUUUCGAUUUUGCAUCUGGAAUGCUUUUAUGAGUGCCGUCAAACUUGAAUAUUAUCGUGCGAGAAAUAUAUUACGUGACGAUAUGUAAAUUAUGAUCGCUAUAUUCUUUAUAUAAUAAAUGAGGUGCAUAUGUAAAGAA